CCACCAUAACCAUUGCCUCCAUAUUACCAUAACCAUUAUCUCCAUACCACCAUAAUCAUUAUCUCCACGUACUCAUAUCGUGGGAUUGAAAUACAGCCUCGCCUGUUGACCACUCUUUCAGCUGACGUAUUCUCACAUGUGAAGAGAAAGUCAGGCAGUACAUUACUUCCGAAAUUCACAAUUAUCUACUCAUAGUAGAUUUAUCAGAUUAAUCCUCAGUGAGCUGCCUAGAUUCUGAAAAGUGUGAAGUACAUGCUUAAUAGGACAACUGAAGAUAAUUGUUGUGCAAGGAGCUGAAAGUGACGUGUGAAGUACUGUUGUGCCAGGCACCUGCACACGUGGCACUCAUUGUUCUCACUAGACUGUCACAGCUCCUUACACACCUGCUGCUCCAUACACGUAGACACACUCAGGAACACACCACCUCCGAUCUAAAAAUACCAUGGCGACGCUAGGCUGGGUGUGGAUGGUGGCGUUGACAAUUGUGGCGAUGGACGUAGUAGAUGUUGGUGAUGGAGUGGAGGUGGCGGUGAGCGGAGGCGUGGUAAAAGGGGCCAUCAAACACAGCCGGAAUGGUCGGGAUUACCACGCCUUCCAUGCCAUUCCGUAUGCCCAGCCACCCAUUGGCAAUAACAGGUUCAUGCCUACAUUGCCUGGUGCCGAGUGGUCUGGAGUGUUAGACGCCACACAGCCUGGGGAGCCGUGUGCCCAGGCCGCCAUCGGAAUUGUUGCUGGCAUCGAGGAUUGUCUCAACUUAUACGUGUACACGCCAAAGGUGCCGGUUCCUGGGGAAAACGUUAGUCUGCCGGUGGUGGUGUGGAUCCAUGGCGGUAACUUCGUGGUGGGCGAGACUGCUGCCCUGGACGAGUCCCUCUUGAUGGACCGAGACAUCGUCCUCGUCAUCCCACAGUACCGUCUUGGCCUUCUAGGAUUCUUCGCGACAAGUCAUGGGCAGAGUCCGGGAAACAUGGGCAUGCUGGACCAGGUGGAGGCACUACGCUGGGUGCAAGACAAUGUUGCGGCUUUUGGUGGCAACCCGAACGAGGUGACGCUUGCGGGCGACUGUAGUGGCGGAGCUUCUGCUAUAUAUCACAUGAUUUCUCCUCUCUCACAAGGUCUGUUCCACCGCGUGUUGUCGUUGUCUGGGUCGCCAUUGUCGCCGUGGUCACUCUACACGAGGAACCAUCCCUUCAUGCUCAUACUGGCCAACAACGUCAAGUGUCCGCCCCACGAUCAGAGGCUCCUGGUGCAGUGCUUGCAGGAGCUAUCUCAAGAAGAGCUCCUUAAUGCCACACAGAUGAUCAUCGAGGCUCGUGAUCCAUUGGUGGGGAACCACAGACUGGCACCGUACGUGCAGAAAGCUCAGUACAGCCACGAGACGACGCUCUUCCUUGACAAGCACCCACUGGUGGCCCUCACUAAUGGAAACUUCCAAAAGGUGCCCGUCCUGAUGAUGGUCACCAAGGACGUCGGCAGCUACCUUGUCGAUAUGAUGUUUUACGACUUUAUGGUGUAUAGGCUGAAGGAAAACCCAGAGUUUCUGAAUAUACUACUUGAGAUGCUACUUAAGGAAUGUCACAUCUCUGACCCCGCAAUCCACAAGAAAGAGUUUGCUGAUUUUUACUUCCCGGGGAUCGAGUUCGGCAGCCUGGACGAACUUCUUUCAGGUCUGGCAGAGAUGCUUGGGGACCUACAGUACAAGGCGGGAAUCCUCGGUACUGCCAAUUUACUUUCCGGACAUGUUCCAACACGCAUGUUCAGGUUUGAGUACAUGGGAGGACCAAAGUUAUUUUCCUUACGCUACCCGGAUCCCUCUGAAGCACCGCCCAUGCCAGACGCUGUGGGCCAUGGGGACGAGAUGGUGCUGCUUCUGCCCGACAAACCCUUCAACUACACGGCCCAGCAGAGAAUGGCGAGCAAAACUCUUCUCGACAUAGUAGAGAACUACGCUUAUGGAAAACCUCCACGGGCAGAUUGGCCCUUGUUCACGACGAAGAGCCAGAAAGCCCUCGUUAUGGGCGCGGACGGCUCCCUAUUCCAGGAUAAGUUCACCAGCCAGGAGAGAACCCACAUGUUGUAUAACAUCCAAACAUACCAAAACCACGCCCUCUUCCAGGAGAUGGCACAUGAGGCCACCAAUCACCAUGAAUUAUAACCUGAUCCACUAUCAAAAAGUUCUUUUGUUAUUUUGAUAUUUUAACUUUAUGUUUUAGAGAUUUGCUCAACUGGACAAAUAGAAAAUAUCACGAGAUUAAUCCUUUAUACAGAGAUGAAUAGUUUCUGGAACUCUCUCUUUCUUAAAUUCUUUAUACAUACAGUAUACUGUAUGUUAUUUCAUUUAUGUUUAUGUAAAAUUCAGUCAUUAUAUUUUAUUUAUAUUGUAGCCACCUAUACUUCCAUAUAAACAGUUACAAGAAGGUACGUGUGCAAGGAGAUCAUAGUGUGUCACUAUGUAAGCUUUCUCACUUUUUGGAUAUAUUUUGUCACCAAA